AUUAAUUUCAACGGUCUCAAUCUUAAAAUUUAUUUAUUUCAAAUAAGGAUUUACACUUUUUAUCCUAUUACAGUUUGACCACAUAUAUAUCCAAAUUUCCACGUUUCACCCUCUCCCUCCCACCCAGUAUAAAACACACACACACAAACACACAGAACAGACAUCACAACAGACUCUCUCUCUCUCUCUAGACUACCCUCUCUCUCUCUCUACAGCUAAACGAAAGUCAUACUGUGAACGAACGACGUCGUAUUGGUCGUUCGUCGGAGGGAGAUUAACGAUGGGCGGUUACGGAGUAGAACUGGUGGCGAAUUGGCUAACGCCGACUGUUCUUUUCUGCCUUCUGAACCUAAUGAUCGGCACCAUUUUUAUGAGAUCGAAAAUAGUCAAGCCUCGCAGAAAUCCACAGAACUCCGGCGAAGACAACAACGACGAACAGCCGCGCCAGCUCGGCCGGGUUCCGGGUUUUUUCGAACGGGUCAAGUCCUUCAACCUCUCCCGGUACCAAUUCGACCAGCCCGGCCCGGAUCACCACCACGCCGCCGUCGUCCCGGCUCAAGAACAACAACACGCCGUCGUCCACCAUGAACAAGAUCCCGAGGAAGUGGAGAAGGCCGUGGAAGAAUUCCAUCCCGUGACGAGGAGCAAGUCCCAUCCGGUGAAGAAGAAGAAGGCGGCGGCGCCGCCGGCGAAGAAGGUGCUGAAGAAGUCCGUGAGUGAGAGAAUGACGCCGGCCGGAAAGAUGGACGGGGAGGAGGAGGAGGAGGAUGUGGAUCGGCGGAGGCCGGCGACGGUGAGGGAGAGAACGGCGGCGGGCGGCGGCGAAGACGACGCGGCGGUGGAUGCGAAAGCCGACGAUUUCAUCAGCAGGUUCAGGCAGCAGUUGAAGCUGCAGAGGCUGGACUCCAUUUUGAGGUACAAAGAUAUGCUCAACAGAGGGGCGGAGAGGUAAAAGGUGACGAAAAUACCCUCCGGCAUCGGAGGGGCAUUUUGGUCAUUUCGCCUUCCAGGGAACACGACGACCUCGGAUAAUAAAAAAGAUAUUUUAUUUUAUUUUCCUCUGUGGAAUUAAAUAGAUAUUUUUUUGAUCGUGUUGACACGAUCAAAUUCGGUGGUCAGGAUUUGUUUAUGAGUGUUGGCUUAUUUAUUAUUGGUCCUUAUUUCUUACAC